AUGGACAAGUUUCACCACGUGUUGGACCUGUUUGUUAAAUACCACACAGUGUUAGGUUAUAGCUUUUUGAGCUUGCUGACUGCUGGCGGCGAGCGCCUCUUCUCCAGCGUGGUGUUCCAAUGCCCCUGCCUCGCUGCCUGGAAUCUUCCCUAUUCCCUAGUCUUCCUCCUGGCUCCAGCCUUUAUCCUCUUUGUGCUGGGCUGCCUGCUAAGCGUCCGGGCCAAGAAGCUCAUGACAGGUUGCUGUGCGCGGAGCCUAGACGAUGAAGAUUGUGAAGCUGGCCCGGGACAGUGUGUCAGGAUGGCAGUGUGCUGUAACAUCAUCUUGGCAGCCACUGUGGCGCCCAUCACCUGGAUAGCGGUGGCGCUGCUCGGUGGCGGUUUCUAUGAGUGUGCCGCCAGUGGGAGCGAGUGGGCAUUCAGACUGUUGUGCCCAGAACAGGAGCCCACAUGUCGGGAGCAGCUGCCACAAGCGCCAUGUCAGCGAGCGAAUCCCCAGCAGAUCCAGAAGCUUUUGCAGGAACUCAAGGCACAUUCCCAGGUGGCAGGUUGGAUCCUGAUAGCUCUUCUUGUGAUUGUUAUUCUGAUUUUCACAUCCAUCAUUAAAUGUCGAUCUCCAGUUAAUUUCUUUCACCUUAAGUUCUGGAAACUAUAUUGUAAAAAGGAACAAGAGAUAUUGAUGAACGAAGCUAAGAAGCAUGCUACUACAUUAGCAGAAGAGAAUGUCAAAAGCUUCUUUGAUGGACAUCCACCACAAGAAUACAGAAUACCAGAUUCUAAAGACUGGAAGAAGAUUUCAUUGCAAUAUACAUUUGAUCCCAAGAGCCAAUAUUAUAGUGUAUUGCACAAAUAUGUUAACAGGCAGGAAGAUGACCAUAAUAUUGAGAUGUGA